GGCCCCAUUCUUGAAUUUCACACUUCCAAUAUGCCCCAAUCACAUGCUCGCUUUCUCUCGCACUUCAUCCCUUGCCUUUCUUUUUGUUCAAUAUUUUGGAAGCUACCAUUGUGAACAGAAAUCUGAAGAACUAAUUAAAAUUAAACAACAAAUGGUAUUGGAACCCUUUAUUCUCUGGCGUUCGCCGCUAAUUUUUCUGCAUAUUUGCAGACAUUCUACAGAUUCUUGCAGCGAUAGCUGUUUGUUUGCCUUCUUACACAAUUCUUAAACCCAAACGCCUCCUCCCAGGGAUUCGGUUCUUAUUGUUCUUCAGUGCUGGCUCCUGUUCGAGCUCUCGAUUUUGUACAUUUUUUAUGGUUUAAGAUGGCGCUUUGACCAGUGGACUGAUUUGGAAGUAAGGCGAUAGGAUGGAUAGAAGAAAAUGGCCAUGGAAGAAGAAGUCAUCUGAUAAAAGUCCUGGACAAACCACCGAAAGUUCUGGAUCAAUGUCGACGUAUUCCGAGAGGUUUUCCGACGAGCAGGACGGAGUCAAGUCGUCGCCUAAUCACGAGAUUCAGUCACCAGAAGUAACGUCAAAAGCAGUAUGUGAUGAAGACAUUGAUGAUGAUUCACCAAAACAAGAAGAGCUCAAUAAUAGUGUGGAAGGUCUAUCUGAUAGGCUAUCAGCUGCUCUUUUAAAUUUGAAGGCCAAAGAGGAAUUAGUAAACCAGCAUGCCAAAGUUGCUGAAGAAGCUAUCGCAGGAUGGGAAAAUGCGGAAAAUGAAGUUGGACUACUAAAACAGCAGCUUGGGACUACGGUUCAGCAAAAGUCUGCAUUGGAAGAUCGAGUGAGCCACCUUGAUGGGGCGCUCAAAGAAUGUGUUAGGCAGCUCAGGCUGGCAAGGGAGGAGCAGGAGCAGAAGAUUCACGACGCGGUGGAAGAAAAAACCCGAGAUUGGGAGUCCACCAAGGUGAACCUUGAGAGGCAGCUCCUCGAGCUCGAGCGCAAAGCGGAUGAGGCUAAAUGUGAAUCUCCUCAAAACGAUCCUAGCCUUGACAAGAUGCUCGAGUCAUUGAAAAGGGAGAAUGCAGCCCUCAGGUAUGAGCUUCAUGCUCAAUAUAGGGAGUUAGAAACCAGGACUAUUGAGAGGGAUUUGAGUACACAAACAGCUGAAACAGCCAGUAAGCAACAUCUUGAGAGCAUAAAGAAAAUGGCGAAGCUUGAGGCCGAGUGUCGCCGAUUAAAAGUAAUGUCAUACAAACCAUCAUUGGUUUAUGAUCACAAAUCCAUAGCUGCUUCCAUGACUAUUUCUAUCGAGUCACUUACCGACACUCAAUCGGAUAACGGAGAGCAGCUUAAUGGCAUGGAUAUGGAUAUAAGAAGAACCAAACGAAACAAAUGUGUAGCUAGUUGCACAGACUCAUGGUCAUCAAACUUACUUGUUAGCAGUAAUCUUCCUUCGUCUCUUGAACUUGAUCUCAUGGAUGAUUUUCUUGAGAUGGAAAGGCUUGCAUCAUUACCCGAAACUGCUAUAAGAGAGAGUCAUCAAGAACCCGAAGCUUCCACUCGUCGUACUGCUGAGGAAAAUGCCAUAAGAACUGAGCUUGAGAUGUUGCAGCAUGAGAGAUCUGUAAUGGAAGAGAAGCUGGGUGAGAUGGAAGAAGCAAAGAUUGAAUUGGAAGCGAAGCUGAAACGGAUAGAAAUGGAGAAGGAUGAAAUGGAAGAGAGGCUAGAGAUGAUGGAAACGGAGAGAGCUGAAGUCGAUGAAAUGGUAGCGAUGAUGGAGAGCGAGAUAUCCGAAUCGGGGCACAAGUUAGCGACGAUGGAAGCAGAGAAAGCUGAAAUGAGAGAGAAAUUAAUGAAGUUGGAGGCAGAGAAAGAUGAACUGAGGACUGCUCUUUCUCAGAGUCAGAACUCUGUGGACAUUUCACAAUUUCAAUUCAAGGAAACUGAAAUGAAACUAGAGAAGUUGCAGAAUGAGCUAACCUUUGCAAAUGAAUCGAAGUUAAGAAUUGAGUCUCAACUUAUCAGCAUGGAAGCUGAAUCUCUCACAAUGAAUGCAAAAGUUGGGAUGUUGGAAUCUGAUAUUCAAAAAGAGAGGGCUUCAGCAUUGGCAUUGACAGUCAAGUGUCAGGGACUAGAAGAAGAGCUUUCAAGAUUGAAACAUGAUGAACAACUAUCACAAACUGAAAUCUCCAAACAUGAGUUGAAGAUAAAGCAGGAGGAUCUAGCCGUAGCUGCAGGGAAACUUGCAGAGUGUCAAAAGACAAUUGCUUCUCUUGGGAAUCAGCUUAAAUCUCUAGCAUCACUCGAAGAUUUUCUGAUCGAUACGACGCAACUACGGGAGUUCACAGAUGGCGAGGAGCAUUGCAAGCAUUCGAACGGGACACUUUCACCCAGAAGAGAUUCAGACUAUACUAAAGGAGUUGAUGACAGUUCUGAACCAUCAUUGAAUAAGAACGAAGACGACUCACCCUCAUUUUCAUCUUCUUCAACUUCAUCGUCCGUGAUUGUAAGUCAUAUCGUCAAUUCUGAGAAAAACCGAAACGGUUUUGCUAAGUUUUUCUCUCGAACCAAGGGCGGGAUAAAACUAGAAAUUUAGUCAGGAAUGCAUAUGGUUGGUGUCU